AUGACAUCAUCCAACGACAUUUCUAAAGCUCUAAUUCAAGAACAUGAACUUUCGCAGCAUUGCUAUUCGAAUGCUGUCAAUUUCAUACUUGAUUUGUUUCUUCACCUGCAGCAGCAGGCUGCUAUGCCCUUUGAAUAUGUAACAAGUCUUCUCGCUUG